AUGGCUCAUUGUGAGCGGGCAUCCAAGCCGCUGCUCCAAUGCCUUCGCAACACGUACACUAGAAGCCUUCCGGUCAUCCAGCUCCCUACACGCGGCUUCCACUCGACGGCCGCGGCCGGAGAAGCCCAGCCAGACCAGAGCCAACCAUUCCACAAGUCCCCCGAUCCGUCACUCGUCUCAAGUCCCCGUCUGGAGAGACGGUUGAUGCGACAGGGAACCGCUCCCAUCGGAUCUCGUCGUCGUCGUGCUGCACUGCAGGGCUCUGCCAACCUCCCCUUCGAGCAACUGCCCUACCAAUGUUUCCAGGAAGCGCGACAGGUUCUACUUGCCGACCGGGUAGAGAAGCUGGAAGAAAUUGAGAAGAUGAGGCAAAAGAUUGCCCGGCUGGAGGCUUUAUCCCCUGAAGAGGCUGGAAAUGAGCAGUCGCAGAAGUCCCGACUGCGAUCGAUGCAAUUGCAUUUAGAGCGCCUCAAGAUUCACGCCGACAUCAACGACCCAUUAGUCAAGCGAAAGUUUGAAGAUGGUCAAGGCGACAUGAGCAAGCCCAUCUAUCGCUUCCUAGCUGACCGCAAGUGGCGCGAGUACCGUCGCAAGAUCCUGGUGCAGCGUAUCACACAAAUGAAUGUGGUUCCUGACGUCCUGCCUCACUGCGAGCCUAUCGUGGAUACCAAGCUGUACUUCAACAGUCGUCAAGUUCAGCCCGGAGAUUUUGUUGAGGCGAAGAAUAGCACUAGCGCGCCGAAGCUGGAUGUGCAGCUGUUUGAGCGCGGAGAAAAAUUGGUCACCAUUGCUGUUGUCGAUCCCGAUGUUCCUAAUGUCGAGGCGGACAGCUUCGACUAUAAGAUGCACUACCUGGCCGUCAACGUGCCUAUUUCGGCCGUCAACACCAAGGUCGAUCUCUCUCAGCUUUCAACCGACUCUCAGGUUGUCUUCUCCUGGCUUCCUCCCGUUGCCCAGAAGGGCAGCCCUUACCACCGCCUCUCUCUCUUCAUCAUGGAGCAGAAGGACUCCCAGCCGCUUGACUUUGCGGCCAUGAAGGCUAAGGAGACUGACCGAGCCAGCACGCUCCUCCGCACCCUGCAGGCCAGGUAUCACCUGAAGGCUAUCGGUGCUCACCUGUUCCGUACCCAGUGGGACGAGUCCACAUUGGAGGUCAUGAAGCAGAUUGGAUUCAGCGAAGCGGACGUGGAGCUGCGCCGGAAGAAGGUCGAGCCUCUUCCCUACAAGCGGAGAAACCCCUCUUCUUUCCGGUAGAUACUCUCCCACGUUUCC